AUGCAACGACCCUGCUCUUUUGCCAUUCAUACUCGCUUGCUUUCUUCCUCCCAGCUCGUUGCGGCUCCCACCCUCGUACUUGCAGUUUGCAUCCCACAGCCGCCUGCCUAUUCAUCUUGGUUACCCGACAGGGAUAUUGCCGUUUUGAUUUAUUACCCACACGCCCACUUUCCUACACCACUCCACCCUAUGCUCCAACGGCAUACUCCAUCUCCAGGUCUAAGACUACCACAGCCUAUGUCCGCACAAUACCUUAGUCCCAUUCCGACUUCCUCCAGCUUGACCUUUAACGGUCCAAGCAAGCCCGGACAAGAGGUGUCAUUUCAUUCGCACUGGCUAGAAGUAGAGGGCAUCCAGGCUUAG